UGACUAUCGUUGCUGCCUGUUAUUUGUGCAACAAGAUGGCGGUGGCUUCUGAGAACAGAGUGCUUUCCUACAGUGUUUUUAAAUGGAGCUCGUACUCCUCUACAUACUUGCCAGAGAACAUCCUGGUGGACAAGCCCAGUGAUCAGUCUUCACGAUGGUCCUCAGAAAGCAACUACCCUCCACAGUACCUGACGCUGAAGCUGGAGAGGCCGGCGAUCGUGCAGAGCAUCACCUUCGGCAAAUAUGAGAAGACGCACGUGUGCAACCUGAAGAAGUUCAAGGUGUUCGGGGGCAUGAGUGAGGAGAACAUGACUGAGCUUCUGUCCAGUGGCCUUAAGAAUGACUUCAAUAAGGAGACGUUCACGCUCAAGCACAAGAUCGAGGAGCAGAUGUUUCCCUGCAGGUUCAUCAAAAUAGUGCCUCUAAUGUCAUGGGGACCAAGUUUCAACUUCAGCAUCUGGUACAUCGAGCUCCACGGCAUCGAGGAGCCAGACGUGGUGCAGCCCUGCCUUAACUGGUACAGCAAGUACAGGGAACAGGAGGCCAUCCGCCUGUGCCUGAAGCACUUCCGCCAGCACAACUACACGGAGGCCUUUGAGUCCCUGCAGAAGAAGACGCGCAUCGCCCUGGAGCACCCCAUGCUCACACACCUGCACGAGAGACUGGUGCUGAGGGGGGACUUUGACGCCUGUGAGGAACUCAUCGACAAGGCCGUCAGAGAUGGCUUGUUCAAUCAGUACAUCAGUCAACAGGAGUACAAGCCCCGCUGGAGUCAAAUCAUCCCCAAGUGCAACAAAGGUGAUGGGGAUGAUAAUCGGCCUGGCAUGAGGGGUGGACAUCAGAUGGUCAUCGAUGUUCAGACAGAGACGGUGUAUUUGUUUGGAGGCUGGGAUGGCACGCAGGACUUGGCAGACUUCUGGGCGUACAGCGUACAGGACAACCAGUGGGCAUGCCUCUCCAGAGACACAGAGAAAGAGGGUGGUCCUAGUGCUCGUUCGUGCCAUAAGAUGUGCAUUGACUCCCAGAGGCGUCAGAUCUACACGCUGGGCCGCUACCUGGACUCCUCGGUGCGCAACAGCAAGAGCCUCAAGAGCGACUUCUACUGCUACGACAUCGACAACAACACCUGGACGCUGCUGAGCGAAGACACGUCUGCCGACGGAGGACCCAAGCUGGUCUUCGACCACCAGAUGUGCAUGGACUCGGAGAAGCACAUGAUCUACACGUUUGGCGGCCGCAUCCUGACGUGUAACGGGAGCGUGGACGACGGGCGCUCGUCGGAGCCGCAGUUCAGCGGCCUCUUCGCCUUCCAGUGCUCCAGCGCCACCUGGAGGCUGCUGCGGGACGACUCCUGCAACGCCGGACCCGAGGACGUGCAGUCACGCAUCGGACACUGCAUGCUCUUCCACACGAGGAACCGCUGCUUGUACGUCUUCGGGGGUCAGAGGUCAAAGACGUACCUGAACGACUUCUUCAGCUACGACGUGGACGCCGACCACGUGGAGAUCAUCUCCGACGGCACCAAGAAGGACUCCGGCAUGGUGCCAAUGACGGGCUUCACCCAGCGUGCCACCAUCGACCCCGAGCUGAACGAGAUCCACGUGCUGUCGGGCCUCAGCAAGGACAAGGACAAGAGGGAAGAGAACGUCAGGAACUCCUUCUGGAUAUACGACAUCGCACGCAACAACUGGUCAUGUGUAUAUAAAAAUGACCAGGCGGUGAAGGAGGCUCCCACCAAGAGUCUACAGGAGGAGGAGCCCUGUCCACGCUUCGCACACCAGCUAGUCUACGACGAGCUACACAAGGUGCACUACCUGUUUGGCGGCAACCCUGGCAAGUCGUGUUCUCCCAAGAUGCGGCUGGACGACUUCUGGUCCCUGAAGCUGUGUCGACCCUCUAAAGAGUACCUGCUGCGACACUGCAGAUACCUCAUACGCAAAUACAGGUUUGAGGAGAAGGCUCAGACGGAGCCACUGAGUGCCCUGAAGUAUCUGCAGAAUGACCUCUCACUCACCGUAGACCACACAGACCCCGACGAGACGAAAGAGUUCCAGUUGCUUCCUUCGGCUCUCUUCAAGGCCAGCUCAGAUUUCAUUCCACUGGGUUUCUCGGGUGUGGAUCAGACGUACGCUCAGCGCACGCAGCUCUUCGACACGCUGGUCAACUUCUUCCCCGACAGCAUGGCCCCGCCCAAAGGAAACCUGGUGGACCUCAUCACGCUGUAGACACACCACCUGGACUGAAACGUGUCUGGGUGUGUGUGUG